AUGACGUUGCCUUACGUUGAGGUGUCGCACCUGGCGUCCUCGUCCUCAUUUUACGCCAGCGUCCUUCAGCCCCUUGGUCUUCGGUACCUCGCCACCGAUCGCGAGCAGACGUCGUCAGUGGGGACCGUCACCUACGGAAUCCCAGCCAGCCCCCAACGCCCGGGACAGGGCCCUGGCAAUCCUGUACCGGUCUUGCAGAUCCGCGAGGCGACACAUCCCUUUGAGCCGCUCAGGUUCUCUUUCCUCCUCCUCGCCGCUCCGUCCUCAGCUGCUGUCGCCGAAUUCCACGACAGUGCCCUCGAAGCGAAUCCGUGGCUGCAACUGCAGGCCGAAGGUGAGGAAUUCCCAGGCCAUCCCAGUGGACCUGGCCCAAGGCAUCGCUUAGGCAUCGAGGGCGGUGUAUCCCCAGGCCGAGCCACGAUCCGAGAUCUCGACGGCAACACUAUACAAGUUAUAUGCUCCCCCCCUUCAUCUCGACAAGACAUAGGACGCGUUCUCGACUGGAAGUUUGACACCGCAUCGCGCUCGAAGCAUUCCCGCAACCGCUCUCAGUCUCACCCUCUUCCCUCCUCCGCUUCUUCAUCAGCCUCCUCCCACGCCAACAAGUCUCAGGCUCACUAUCCGCCUCAGUCCCGCAUGCAACCCUCGCCUCGCUCUAAUCAUCCCGGUUACGGGUCCGUUAUUCCCGCUGCCAUGUCUCAACGCGCCUCAAGCCAAGCUCCCGACGACGAGAAUCCGUUCGCGGAGUCGUCCGCCUCUCCUCGUCAAAGCCCCAACAACAACGGCUUGAGUACUACUUCGGUUGUCGGUGCCCUGCUUGGUGUUGCGACUGUUGCCGCUGCUGGAGCAGCUCUGACCUACAACAUGGUUACUAAGGAUAGGGAACGCAAGCCCCGCCAUGACACGGAGCCUCCCAAUCUGUCGCGCCGCUCAACCUACCCCGAGAAGGCAGCUUCCAGCCACCACAAGUCUCGGCACGAUGAUCGUGGUCCGGGAUACCCCGAAUAUCCUAUGAAGGCACUGCCGUAUAGGUCCUCUGGUUCCUACGAACCGAAAGCUCUUCCUGCACCUUACACGGAGGAGAUUCCCUGGAGGCAGCCCGCCUUCAACGAAAAUUACGCACCCCGGAGGCAGACAUACCCGGACGAGUAUCCCCCGAGGAAUCUAUCCUAUCCACAUGACUACACACCGAGGAAGAUGCCCUACGAUGACGUCGAUGACGACGAUGACAGCGACGAGCCUCCACCUCGCGAGCCUUCUCGCCGUCCUGUGCAGUACUUGACAGAGGAGCCCCAUCACAGCAGCUCCAGAAGCUCGGCCGCUCGAAGCACUGCUGCCAGGAGUAGUGCCGCCAGAAGCACUGCCAAGAGCACCGCCAAGAGCACCGCCAGGAGCGUUGCAAAGAGCAGGGCCAUGAGCCGUGUCCCUGAUGAAAUUGAGGAACCACGAAGUAGUCAAUCUUCCAGACAUAGCAGUCGUGCCCCAACUGUACGAAGUCGCAGUGAAGCGCCAGUCCCUCGAUCCUCCGUAAUGGUGCCCGAUGCAGACCAUCGCAGUCAUGCCGGGUCUCGUCACACUGUUGCGCCACCAAAGUCAACACAUUCCCGUGCUCGAUCUCAACGACCUCAGCACGAUCCCGAUCGAGACUCGUACUUUUCUGCGCGAUCACGUCGAUCGUCUGCGACGGUUCGCCGUCCGCCUCCCCCUGCGGUCGAGACCGAACUAAUGGAGGCGCCCGAAGUGCCAGAAGCACCAGAGGUGCCAGAUGGGCCAAGCUUCCAGGAGUUUCGAGAGUUCCAGGAAUUUCAGGACGCCCAGCAUAUUCACCAUGGUCAACAUGGUCGACAUCCUCGACAUCCUCGACAUCCUGAGGAAUUUCACAACUUCCAGGGAUUCCAGGACGCUCCACGCGUUCAAGACUUUCAACAGGACUUUCAACAGGACUUUCAGCAGGACUUUCAGCAGGACUUUCCGCAGGGCUAUCAAGGGGACUUUCCACGGGGUCCUGAGCUCGUGAUCAGGGGUCGGGACGGCAGCAGAUUCAGCGUGACCAGGUUAUCGAAUGGGGGCGAGCCCCCAAUCAUCAUGGGUCACGGCAGCAGGGCUCCUAGCCAUAUUUCAGCGAGGAACAUAGGCUUGCCCGUGAGUGGUAUAGGCAGCAGUCAUGCCGACUGGGACGAUGACGACGCGAGCGUUGCCCCCAGUGACAGCAUUAGCUGCGUGGGAAGCAGGACUAGCAGGCGAAGCCGCAGAGUUCGAUAG